AUGGCUGAUGUAUCGAUUUUUGAAAUUUUACCAGAAGAAAUUCGAUUACACGUAUUUCAAUAUCUGAGCUGUGCCGAUAUUGUCUAUUCUUUCUCUAAUCUUAAUACUCGUUUCAAUGCAACAUUAACUCAUGUUUGUAAUCCAAUGAAUUUCAACAAUAUUACCUAUCAACAAUUCGAUUGUCUUAUGUCGAAUAUAUUACCUAAAAUAGGUUCGAAUAUACGAUCAUUUGUAGUCAAUGAACACUGGGCUAAUUUUAUAUCAAAUAAAUUACAUCCGAUUCGCUUCAAAUUUGAUUUGUCGUCAAUAUUCCCAAAUUUACACACGUUAGUACUUGAUUGCUUCACUGAUGCAGAUCUGCUUGAAUUUAUUGACGAUAUAAGAGAUCUCAAGCAGCUUCUGAAACUUGUUGUAAAACGUCUCGAUGGUCAACGCUCAUAUGAAUUACUAGAAAAGGUUUUCACUGCUAAUAAUCGUCGACUUAAAUCGGUAUUAUUCGAUUAUGAUUCUCUCUAUUUAUCUGUAAAUACAAAUAAUGAAAACGUUUCGUAUCCGAACAUUGAAGAAUUGACACUGAACUUGAUUUAUUGCGACAUGAUGGGAAACUUGUUCCAACUUGUACCUAAUAUUCGCCGUUUGCAUAUAACUUUCGGAGAAUCUCCAGGUGUUUCAUUAACAAGUUUAAUGAAUGCACCACCUCUGAUUCAUCUGAAAGAGUUUGAGUUGCAUUCAAUAGGUAUGUUUUGGAAAUUAAGUGACAUCGCUGAUAUUCUAAGUAAGAUGCCAUCUUUACACAAGCUAACACUCGAUCUAUCUACAGAUGACAAACGUCUUGUUAAUGGACAAAAUCUUCCCAUCAUUCUACCUUCAUCUUUGAUUGAGAUUCAAUUUUGCAUUCUUUAUUAUUUCUCAGAAUCACAAAUCAAAAUAGAUAGUUUGGUUGGUACAUGGCCAAAUCAUAUUCCAAUAUCAUGUUGGUUACAUGAAUUCCAAAAAUAUGCUAUUAUUCACACAACACCAUAUAACGUAUUUUCAAUGGUGGUACCGGCAACAAUGGGCAGAUAUAUGCUGUCUGGUGGGAAAUAUAUGCAGCCAGUAGAAUAUUUAAAGAUUUAUGGAGAAUCAUCUUCUAUUGAUGUGCUAAUGGUUGUGCAACAUUUACAUCGACUCCGAAAACUCAAUAUUAAUAUAAGAAACGAUUCAGAAGAACGUAUGUAA